AUGUUACAAUGGUCAUUGAGGUCGAUUUCGAGCCUGGGCCAUGGUGUACGAUCAAGUUCAGGUCUGCAUUUCGGUUUGGCUCGGUGUACGAGUAUUAGUGGAGUUCAUGGCGUGAAAAUUGAGUCUAGAUUGGCCUCAACGGCUUCAUUAUUUGCUUCCAAGUACCAGACAGAGUCUCUACAAACACUACCCACAGCCAUUUCAAAUACAUCCCCCGAGUUUCAAGAAAAAGCUGCUGCUAUGAACGAAUUGAUCUCGGAAAUUCAAGCUAUUCAUAACCAUGUCACGGAUGUCAAUGAAAUCCCCGAGAAAAUCCGUACUAAACAUCUGGCUAGAAAGAAGCUUUUACCAAGGGACAGAAUUGCUGCUCUAAUUGACCCCGGUACCAGUUUCAUGGAUCUGUCGCUAUUGGCUGGUCAUGAACUUUAUGAAGGAGAAGAUAUUAGAGGAGGUGGUAUUAUUACAGGUAUAGGCAUUGUACAAGGAGUCAAGUGUUUAAUUAUUGCAAACGACUCCACUGUCAAAGGAGGUACUUACUAUCCCAUCACAGUCCGCAAACACCUGCGAGCUCAAGAGAUUGCUCAAGAAAACCACAUGCCCUGUAUUUAUUUAAGUGAUUCCGGAGGUGCUAAUCUUCCCCACCAGUCAGAUGUGUUUCCUGCCCACAAUCACUUUGGCCAUAUUUUCUACCAGCAAUCGAGAAUGUCGUCUAUGGGCAUCCCACAACUAGCACUUGUACUGGGUCCGUGUACAGCCGGAGGUGCCUAUGUUCCAGCUAUGAGUGACGAAUCGAUUAUUGUUAGAGGAACAGGCCAUAUUUUCCUGGCAGGACCACCCCUCGUCAAAGCAGCCACUGGUGAAGUAGUGAGUGCUGAGGAUCUUGGAGGAGGUGAGAUGCAUGCCAGUGUUAGUGGAGUAGUCGACUAUCUGGCUGAAACUGAGGAAGAAGGUAUUGCUCUUCUCAGACAAUCAGUAGGCAAUCUGAACUGGCCAAAGGUAGAGACUCUAGCAUCGUCCGCUCAGCCUGAAAAGACCAUAGACGAGCCUCUGUACCCUCCAGAAGAACUAGGAGGUGUAGUAGGAACAAAUCUCAAGGUCGCUUAUAACGUUCGAGAAGUGAUUGCACGAAUUGUAGACGGAUCGCGAUUCAGCGAGUUCAAGAAGAAAUACGGUACUUCUCUGGUAUGUGGCUGGAGUGAGAUCUGGGGUCACAAGGUAGGAAUUCUUGCCAACAAUGGACCUCUCUUCUCAGACUCGUCACUCAAAGGAGCACAUUUCAUUCAACUGUGUAAACAGAGAGACAUUCCACUUGUAUUCCUCCAGAACAUUUCUGGAUUCAUGGUUGGCAGCGAUGCUGAACGUGGUGGUAUCGCCAAAAACGGAGCCAAACUAGUUAAUGCCGUUGUUGGAGCUGGUGUUGAGAAGUAUACAGUCAUUAUUGGCGGUAGUUACGGAGCAGGAAACUACGGAAUGUGUGGACGAGCAUACAAACCACGUUUCUUGUGGUCCUGGCCCAAUGCUCGUACUGCUGUCAUGGGAGCUGAGCAGCUGGCUUCUGUCAUGGACUCAGUUGGCUCCGCAUCCAACAAAGCCAAAUCAGACGCUCUCCGUGACCGGAUCGAACGCGAGUCGCUCGUCAAAUUCGGCAGUGCCCGGCUCUGGGAUGACGGCGUCAUCCUCCCACAACAAACCCGCCAAUAUCUCGGCCAAGCCCUCGAAAUCCGCGCCCAAUCCCGAGUCGUCCAGGCCACCCGUUUCGCCCAAAAAGCGGCCGCUCCUCACGACUUCGGUAUCUGGCGUAUGUAA